UUUUGGCAAACUGCUUUAGUAGCUACUCGUAGCUCAUCCUAGUAGCUCUUGCACGAAAAUUCGGUGCAAAAUGAGAGUGCUUAUUGCUUUUCUGCUGGUUGGUGGAGCUCUGGCAGUUCCAGUGCCAAUCAGCAAAGAAGAAGAAAUCUGCAAUCAAGCAUUUACACGAUUUGUGCCCAACCAAAGGUACACUUAUCGUUAUGUUGCUACCACCGUGACUGGUGUGACAGGAACAACCAAUCAAACGACUGGACUUCGCAUUGAGGCUACGUGUGAGAUCAAUGCACUAGCAGACUGCCGCCGUUCUCUCUGGGUGAAAGAUGUAAGAAUCUUCGAAGCCUCACCUAACGGAGAAAAAGACUUCAAAUCAUCCCCCAACCAGGAAAGUUUCAAGAGGGCACUCGAGGCAAACCACCUGGUUUUCUCAGAACGCAGAGGCCGUUUUGUCAUGGUGCUGCCGGUUAAGACAGAACCUGUGUACAUCACCAAUAUCAAGCGUGGUAUUUUGAGUGCACUGCAAUUGCAGUUUAGCGAAAAACCACAAGAAAUGAUUCACGAGGUUGAUGUGACAGGAAACUGUACAUCCGAAUACAAGAUUGUGAACAAACAAAUAGUGGAAAGCGAAAUCACCAAGAAAAGGGAUCUUUCCAACUGUACCAGUCGAUCACACAAUAUCACCAAGCUGAACCCAGUUACAUAUGACGUGAACUCGCAAAUACAAGGUCCUCUCAACUCAACAAGCUUCUGCCGUUACAUUGUGCGUGAAAAGCACGUUAAGACUGUGGAAUGUAACGAAACACACCUUUUGCGACCAUUCAGCUACAAUGCGGCUGGAGUGACAACUAAUGUCACGGUGAAUUUGACCCUUGAAUCGGUACGCAUGACGUUCUUCUUCGCGGACGAAAUGAAAUUUCCAGAGAUGAGAAAAUCAAACAUGUUUUACGAGCAAUCUUUGCCGAAAGCUGAGGCAGAGCCAGUUUAUGAGACAUCCUCUAAGAGCGCAGAGGACGUUUUAGAGGGAUUGAUCAAGAUCCUUCCUAUCAACGAAACCAAACCGAGCACGGUGACUAAAUUCACCCGUUUGGUCUUCUCAAUCCGGAAACUCGACGUAAACGCUCUGAAGAAUGUCUGGACUCGAUUUUACAACUGCGAUGAACAACAAGAAGGCGAGUUCACGAAGAAACAGUGCAAGAAAUCACAGGCGUAUUUGCUUGACGCUUUCACCCAGUGCGGUACCACCCCGUGCUUGAGAUACAUAAUUGAGGCCAUCCGCGACUACAAUCAAGUUAAACCUGAACAUAUGGCUUACCUAUUGAAUGGAAUCAGUGCCGCGCGAAAUCCAGCUCCAUAUCUCUUCGACGAAAUGAUCGAUUUUCUAAGACGGAGGAGUGAUUUACCCACAACCACACUACUUUCCCUUGGAACCAUGAUCCGGAAGUACUGUCAACGUACACCAAAAGAUUGCUUGAGAGAAUCUGACUCUGCUGUGAUGCGUGCGGUCUCCUUCUUAGAGGAGCAACUUCCAAAGAACUGUGAGGCCACCUCAUAUGACAUUGAUGACGUCAUUAUCACCCUAAAAGCUAUUGGCAAUGCAGGACUUAUGCACUCCAAAGCAAAAGAGCUUGUGAAAUGCUCACAAGGAGCCAACUUCCUCAAUAUCUCUGUAGUUGCCAUAGAGACCAUUCGAAGCAUGCCUUUCUGCCCAGAUACGUGGAAUGCUCUGGGAAGUGAGGUGUUUGGUGACUAUGGCAAUGACCCCGAGGUGCGUCUGCAGGCUUACCUUGCCUUAAUGAAGUAUCCCGAUGAAAAAACGAUCAGAUACGUGGCACAAGUACUGGAUGCUGAAGUCAAUACCCAGGUUGGCGCCUUCGUCAGCAGCCAUCUCAAACAGAUGAAUGACUCUGUUGAGCCCACUUAUGGCAAGAGAUUGAGUGAACUAAUCAAGAAAGCUCUGAAACAGCGGACAACCCCUCUGCGUGAUUUCAACACCACCUACAAGUCGCAGUUCUUACAGAAAAGUUAUUUGAAUGAGGAAAGUAAUCUGGGCUUCAGCACAGAAAGUCAUGUGAUCUACCACCCGGAGAGCCUUGUCCCGAGAAGCGCAGAACUCAAUGUGACCCUUGACCUAUGGGGCGGGGCUAUCCCGGUGGUCGAGACAAGCACAAGGCUUGAGGGCCUGGAGAUCAUUUGGGAGAAGCUUUUUGGACACAAAGGGUACUUUCCUGACAGUCAUAUCUCGGGGCUCAUGAAAACACCAGAGAAGAGCGAAAACGAGGCCAGAGAAAUUCAGAAGAGGAGUGUAGACAACGAAAUUGACUUGGAAACUCUUGAUAGGAAGGUUAACCUUCGCAAGAUGACGCCCAGUGGUCUUCUUUCUCUGAAGUUAUUUGGCAAUGAACUUGACUUGUUCAGAUUGAAGGAUCUCGAAUGGUUGGAGGAUGAUGAUAUUCCCAUCGCUGAUCUGAUCGAACUGUUGCGAGCUCUUUCAAAAGGAGUUGACAAGACUUUCACCAAAAGUUUUCUGUUCUUGGAAGAGACUCAUAUCAUUCCGACAUGCCUUGGAAUACCGCUGAACCUAAGUAUCAAUGGUACAUCUGUCACCAGUGUGCACGUACAAGGAAAGGCUGACCUAUUGAGCCUUUUCUGGGGUAACAAGAAGGCUGUUGUCAAAGGAACUGUAAAGCCAAGUGCUGCCAUCGUGAUCUCUGGAAAGGUUACAUUAGAUGCCUUCCACCUAUCAACAGGCGUUCUUCUGAAUGGUUCAAUUUCCACUUCCACCGAAUUACAAGGAAAUUUAACCUACAGUCAGGAGCAAGGAUUAAAGUCACAUUUCAAUGUCACCGACAAGCCACAGGAGAUUUUGAACAUCACAACUUCUCUUUUCCAUCAUUUCAACAACGAAGAGAUCCCGAUCCGUGGAGUGGACCAUCGCAACACGACUGGUAUCUGCACCACCGACAUUUUCAACAGUACUAAGAUACUCGGCCUCAAUUUGUGUUCCAACAUCUCCAUACCAGUGGCCUGGUACAAUAAAACUGCUCCAUUCUUCCCUCUUACUGGUCCUUCCAACUUCUCCAUCUACUUAAACAGAACCGAUCCAUUACUGAAAAACUUAAAAAUGGAGGUCAACUUCACGAAGCCAGACAAACACACGAACAAGACGGCCAUUUCCGUUUCUACUCCUGGAGCAAGCUACGAAAGGAGGUUCUUCUGCAAUAUCACCUCUAACAAAACUGAAGAGAUGUAUCGCUGGAAUAUAAGCGUUGGUGCCGACCACGAGAACGCCACCACGAUUGAUUAUAUCUUCGUUCCCAUCUCCAAAGCCGUUAAUAUCACUCUCAAUGUGGCAAGGAAUCUCACAGCUUUCUACUUCCACCGCACCUGCCACAAGACACACAAAAUCAAGUAUGGGUUGGCAAUGAAUGCCACUCUCUUCAACAAGUCCUUUCACCACAGUUUCUUUAUGAUGAAUGACACGCACAAGUGGCACUUGGAAACAAAUAUCACUGUUAAGAACACCACAGAGAGCAUUCCUAUCUCCGUUCUUUACCUCAACACUUCCAUCAACCUCAACGGAAACACGACAGGUAACAUGACACUAAACAUUACUCACCGCCCGCUCAACCUGACUUUGCACUUGCGCGGCCAACAUAACAUGACUACUCGUACCUCGAAUGUGACUUGGAAUGUCAGCUGCCCAACGUGGAGCACACCGAUUCUGAACAAUAACAUCACAAUAAACGUUAGUUACGUCAAUACUACAAGCUUCUACAAGACCCAUGUGAACGUAUUCAACAACGGGACCCAGGUGCUGUCCUGUUAUAAGGCAUAUCGUAACUCUACGGAGAAAAACAUCACUGUCUUCUUCUGCAACGCCACAGCCUUCAACAGGACCUCCUCGCUGAACAUGACUGUGACGAACGUAACCGACAGUAUCAAGAUUUGUCAUUUGAAUAUCACUCACCAGAAUAGAUCAAUCGCAUUAAACACCACCUGGAUGUACAAUCACGAGGUUAGAAAUGUCAGCCUAAACAUCACCUAUUUAAACCAUUCAGUUGUGCUGUCAGGCUCUUUGAAGAACUACACCUUGGAGAAGGGAUUCUGCUUCAACAGCGCCUAUUUCAACGGAACUCACCAUAACUUCACUCUAUUGUCAACGUGCUUAAGCUAUUUUAAUGCUACUGAAAGGAAAUCCUUGAUCUUGAACAUUACCAGCCUCAACUCAACUGCCACUAUGAACACAACCUGGCUCGCCAAACCGACAGCGAGAGGAAUCUUGGUUAACUGCACCUACCAGAACAGGACAAUUUUCAACAUGACAGCAACUUACUCAAACACCACUACUACUAGGAAUCUCCAUUUCAACCUGUCCAUGGGUAACUGGAGUGCAGAGUUAAAUCAUACUUACUUCUCCACUGAAAUGUUGCCGGAGGUUGAUCAAAUUCGCAGCAUUAAUAUCACGCACAGGAUCAGGAACGGUACAUCUUCCUGGAUGAAUGCCUCAUACGUUUUCACUUUCUUCAAUACUACCGCGAAAAAGGACCUCAUUGUCAACCUCACCUUCACUAACCGUACCUAUGGAGCACAAGUUAACAUGGUUAAUAAGACCACGACUGAGAUGGUUCAUCACAUCCUUAGAAUCACUGGUUACACUCCAAACAGGACAGUCAGCUGGAUGGGUGUCUUGACCAAUUCCUCCAAGGUGUUCAACUUGGCAUCCGUUUUGCAGUACCAACCAAAGAAAAUUCUCAACCAAACAUUUGUUUGGAACAAAGAAAUCAGUCAGGUUAAUGUCUCCAUCGAUUUCCUGCCAAACGUUUCUUUCAGUCUAAACUGCUCUGGAACCUUCAAUACCAGCAUCAGAGCAAACGCAAACGCCACGGUUUACAACAACACCCUUCUGUGGAAUGGAUUUGUGAGCAACAUGAGCGUGGUGUCCAACUUAACCUUAUGGAACCGUACUAUCGAAUUUGUGACCAAGACAUGUAAUAAGUCCCACAGUGCCUUCUUUAAUCUGAGCACAUGGCAUCACUUCAAUAAAACGGCAUUUAAUGGCUCCAUUACCUGGUCCAUCAACGCCACAGAGAGAGUCUCCUAUUUCAAUAUCACCUCAAGGAACGUUACUUGGUUCCUCAAGAUGUUCUCACUCAACGACACGCACUUCAACAACACCAUUUACAGAAUUAACGGCAGUGAAAUGUAUGUAGAGUGGAGCAGAGAGGUUAGAGGUGACAACACCGUAUACGACGUAUUGAACAUGACAUCUGUAAGAUACGAAUGGAGCGCCUUGAAUAAUCUCACUUUCCACAUACCAACCAAGCUGGCGAACAUUACUCUAAACGCAACGUUGGCUGGAGUAAACAUGACCAAGUUCCGAACACACUUCAAAUACGUUUUGAAGAACAUCACUCAGGAGAUGCUGCUGUGGAAUUAUACCAAAGAAAAUAUCGCCCAGAAUCUCUUUAAUCUCACCAUACAUCUACUUAAUACCACCUCCCACAGCAUCCCUAACGUCACCGUAAAUUACCAAAGGUACUUCCAAGGCGACACAUUUAACUAUUCACUCUUCUACAACAACCUGGCAAAUACUAUUCUGAAGAUCAAAGAAAGCAAUGUUACGCUGGAAAAUAUUACGGAAGAGCUGAUCGUGAUUCUCCAGAACUUCACCGAUCAUGUCAAUACCACUGCUUUUCUGGGACACAUCUCGAACAUCAUUGCGAACACGACAUGGUACAAUCAAACAUGUGAAACAUUUAUUUUCAAUUUGACUGAGUGGGGAAGAAACGCUUCGAAAAAUUUUACUAUGUUGUUGAAUAGAACAGUCAGCGAGAUUGGAAACUGGACAAUUAAUAACAAGACAGUAAAUUACUACCUAAAAACUUACCUACCUGGUGUCCAAAAUCUUACGAUAGAAAUACUCAAUGAAACUGUCAACUUCACUCAAGCUAUGGUCAACGUGAGUUUGGUGUUUAGAAAUUUCACCCACAAUGUUACUGAGUACAUCCUGAAUGUCACGCACCCUGUGUUAUACAGCAUCUCCAGGCAAAUACUCGUCAACAUAACAGGAUAUAUCAACAAUUCUUCAUUCCUUGGAGGAGUCGCGUACCCAGUCUGGCAGAACUUUACCGAAGUGGCUGACAUCAGUGUUUUCAAUUUAACCUACGAACUCUUCCACAACUGGACCAUCUGCGAUUCAUCCUUCGAAUGGUUCCUAUCAUCGCUUCACUAUCCAAUGAACAUCACCCUGUCCUUCCAUAAUAUCACUUCUGACGCCACCUUGUACCAAGCCAUCGAAGGCCUGUUAAAUAAAACUCUUGAGAUGUACAACGCAACGGUCCGAUCCCCGGCUUGCCGAAUGAACCGUAGCCACGAGUGGCUGGUGAACGUCACAGACCUUGCUGUUAUUUUAGUUAAUGACACCGUUAAUGUCCUGAACGUGACAAGCUUAAAGACCACUCAAGAAAUUAUCGAGCUCUACAUCAAUCGCACUCACAAUAUGACAUCUCAACUUUGGAAUAUGACAGUCCAGAUCCUCACUGCAACCAAUUUCAGCGAACCUCCACAGAAAUCAUGGGAAAUGUUGAAUUUCACGGCUCACUAUCACAACUGGACCCACAGUAUGCCUUGGACCCGUCCAGUUCUGAAGAAGUGGAACUCAACUAUGUUGGAAGUGAUAACUGUUAUGCGAAACCACAGUUGGCAAAAUUACACCCGAUACUACUUCCCACGAGUGGUUCGAUACACAGCUGAGCCAAUAGAGAGUGACAUUUAUGUCACAGCGUGGUUCCUCCGAAAUUUCCCAUCUAACACCACUCUGAAUCAGAAGCAGAUGAACAGUUCCUUCACUUACCCCAUGUACAUGCGGAUAAACUACACUCAGUUCCUCCAUCUUUGGGCUGAAGGUUACAUUAACAUGACCGCCUGCUCUCUAAAUGCCACCCGAAACGCGACAGAAUUCAUCUUGAACGGCACCUACAACUUCACAGUGUUGGCCGUUAACAUUACCACAAAUUGGACGCAGACCUUUUACAACUUCACCUUCACUCUGGUUAACUCUACGGCCAGCUUUGUUAAUGGCUCGCUGGUCAAUGAGACGAUUUUUCACAAUGCACAUCUCCCAAAAUACUUCUACUUCAAUCUGAUGAACUUCACCAUGAAUAUCACGGAUCACGCCUUCAACUACUCCAUGUGCAUGCUGGACCAGACUUUGCGUGAGUACGUGAAUAAGACCCUCUCACCUGUAAUUACGACAUGGAGGACACUGAAGGCCCUUAAUGAGCUGAAACCAGAGGAUAUCGUUGAGAUGCUUCAACCGAAAAACCAAACUGGCAUGAUCUUCGGAAAGAAUAUCUACACUUUUGACAAGCGUUACUUCCGCUUCCCUUGGAUUAAGGGAUCUAACUGUAAGUAUUUGGUGAGCCGUGACUUCAAGGACGGAAACUUCACCAUACUUUCUUCGCCUGAGGUUAUCGUCAUCAUCACACAGGAUGCUUUAGUGAAUCUUCACCGCAAUGGUGAGGUCAUUUCCCAAGGAAUCACCGGGAUGGACAAAACAAACGGUUUGACGCGCGAUUUCUUUAAGGAGCUUCCUGUGAAAUUCGAGAACACAACUAUUGUACGAGAUGGUCCAUUCAUCAAUUUGACCAAUGACUUUGGCUUCUCUGUCGAGUGUGAUAUGGAGCACUUCGUGUGCAGUUACGAAGUGUCUGGAUUCUAUCAUAACAGAACGGCUGGUAUCCUUGGUACUAAUAAUGGUGAACCUAGUGAUGACUGGAUAUCUCCAAAUGGCAAGAAUCGAACUCAAGUUUCCGACUUCGUCAGCUCGUGGCGUGUGGCCGGUGACUGCAAUGUGAAACCUGGUAUCGAAGUGAAACAAAUACCUUGCAAUAGAGACGAGUCAGCGAUAAAACGCUGCAGUGAGCUCUUCCUAAACAAGUCCUCGCCGCUUAGCAAAUGCUUUUCAGAGGUUAAUCCAGUCGACUUUGCAGCUGCAUGCAAAGCAGAAUACAAGGAUUGUGACGUCUCUGCACCGGUGAGAACCCUGCAUUGCAAUGUGACGGCAGCUUACAUCCGACAAUGUAAACGACAUGGAAUUGAGGUUUCUCUGCCUGACGAAUGCACAUCUUGUGAAGUUGGAAGCAACAUGCAUGAGAAGAACUCGACAUGGAAAGAGAAACCCUCGAGUAAAGUGGACAUUGUUUUCGUGUGCAGCGAGGGUGAAGAUAUGGAGCCUGUGGCCGCUCUAUUACCUUCAUUUACGCAGCAGAUCGACCAAUAUUUGAAGAAAAGGGGGAUGUCACCGCAGUUUGGUCUUGUGGGGUUCAGCGGUAAAGUGCCAGUGCACAGGCCCGGUCAUGAGCAUACUAUUAAGGGUCAGCUCUUUAAUAGCGCCAAAUACUUCACAACUGAUGUCAUCAGGAACAUGAGAUUCGUCCCAAGGAGCAAUAGGGAAUUCCCAGAAAGCGAUGGCUAUCUUGGCUUGAUGAAGGCUGCCGAAUAUCCAUUCCGACCUGCUGCCUCCAAGCUCAUUGUCCUCGUCACGAACAGCAUCCGAGUCAAUCAUAGUAACAUUUCCAGUGAAACAGUCGUCAAGGCUCUAAAGGAUAUCGGUGCCAGACUUGUCUUGAUCGGGAAGUUCCCGAUUAAGAAUGCCAUUGCAAUAGACACUUUCAAUAAUGCCUACUUGAAGAAAGGAAUUUCGAAAGCCGAAACGAAGUCACUUAUAAAACUCUACCGACCACCUGAAAAUGACGAAUACAUCCAGGUUGUUACUGAAACACAAGGUGUAGGUAUCAACCUGAAGCCCGCUUUCGAGGGACCAAAAGCUAAGCCAUCUUCCUGGCAAAUGCAAAGGAUUUUGGAGAGCAUUUUUAAACAAUUGAAGCAUGACACUGCACAGUGCAGAGAAUGUUCUUGUGUCCCUGAUAUGGUUGGAAAGGGAAAGACCGUCUGCAAGACAGUACCAUGCAAAGCUUAGAAAAAAGGCCUACUGACCGUGAAAUUGCCCUGAAUGAACCUUCAUAUUAUGCACAGUUAUCAAUCAUUUUAAGCAAAAGCAUUUAAGUUGGAGUAGACUAAAAUAACCAUGAGCGUCGAAUAUGUGUUAAGCUCUUUUUCAUUAUUUGUUUUGUUUUGGUUUUUUGCUUCUUUGGUUUAUUAAGGUGCAGCACAUUAAAAAGGUGUUAAUCGUAAACUUUAGUGAGUAGUAUAGAAGAAGUUAGGCCGAACGGUUGUCAGCCAUAUUUAGCGACGGCUCUGUCGCUUGCAAUUGCAUGUAGAGUGAUCACAUUAAACUUCCAUUUAAGCAUU